GGGAUAAGCCAUUCCAUUGCGAUGUCUGCGGCCGAUCCUUCUCGCAGAAAAACCACCUCCGAAGGCAUCAAAUGAUUCACACGGGAGAGCGUCCCUAUCCAUGCGAAUACUGUGGCCGCGGUUUCUACCGAAAGGACAAAUUGAGCCGUCACAGACGUAUUCACACGAAUCCGAGCACCGGUAGCGGUGGUCGCGGCAGCCGUAGUGUCAAUGCAAACAAUGUGGUGAACGCUAGUUUAGCGCAGCAACACAUCGCCACCACAAUCCAUACAUCUCAAGGGCCGGCAACUAUACAGUUAAUACCCGUACAGGUGGCCACUCCUCAGUUCCGGGGCACACAACUCACCACUCAAUUGGCGAUCGAUACGACAAAGAUGUUCAGCAAUAUAGUGGAAGUGAGUGCUGCUAACCAUGAGUUCUGGUUCGAGCACUUGCUUCCUAUGUUGAGUCACAGCCGACAAACUCAUCGCCCAUUGAAUCCAAUGCUCAUGAAAGACGGCUUUCUUCUCUUUGAUCAGUUAUUCCAUCCAUACGUCAAGUAUUGCUUAGAACACAGCACUUGUCUUCAGUACGUUAAGGACAAACACAAGGAUAAUGAGCUCUUCAAAGCAUAUAUUGUGGCUAUACUCAAGAAAACAGAUUCCGAGGAACAAAAGGCUGCCUUAAAGAGAAUGAACGAAUGUGUGGAGCGUUUCGUCUAUGGAGUUGAUGCCACUCUUCGGCGACAACACGAACAGCAAAAGUUGUCGUCUAUAGUGUCCAGAAUCGAGAGCUACGAUGUCAUCGAUUGCAACAACGAUGAGGCAGAAAAGUUGCUGAAAGAAUACAUUCAUUUGGAUUUAACGCAACCAAUGAAUGGCUGUUCUCCUCAUUUCAUUCGACAUCUAUUAGUGGAGGGAUCGCUGAAACUGAAGGACUCACUCGCCAGCAAACUAGACGUUCACUGUUUUCUGUUCACUGAUUUACUCCUGAUAUGCAAAUCAGUGAAUAAGAGGAGCGGCGAUAAAGUGAGAGUAAUUCGUCAGCCAUUCAUAAUUGAUAGAGUCGUCACUCAGGAGCUGAAAGACGGCACCGGUUUUGUGCUCUUGUAUUUGAAUGAGUUUAGAGUCGCCAACGCUUUACUCUUACUCUACUCGAGUGACACCAAGACAUGGAUUGAUUACAUUAAAAAAGCUCAGGAUCUCUAUAGACAUACCAAAAACAUUUCGAUCGUUUCGGAGGCACAGGAAGUGACAUAUCUUCGCACUCUGGAGGACGACGAGGACUAUGACUACCCAUCGAUGGCACUGUUGGCGGCGUCGCGACACUCGCCCCGCAGUUCGAGCCGUUCGAGUCUCGUUCACUCUCAUAGCGGUUCUGUGGACAUGAGUGACGCCACUCAGUCCAGCACUUCAUUGGCAGUGAUAGCGCCGGUAACCACUCCUAACCACUACUUGCAAAACCCCGAUUAUUAUGCACACCAACCGCCCCGAGCCGUCAGCUUUGAAUUGGGAGAACUCCGGAACCCAAGUCUCACUGUCGAGGACUCGGACUCUUUCGGUCGAUCCAAUAGUGUAGACAAUCGGUCGCCAAUAGUGACCGUCACAUCUCCGCGACCGGAAAGGCGAGCUUUUUUGCUUAGAAACGUCAAGAAUAACAGCCCUACAGUCCCCCAUCAGUACAGUCUAUAUCCCAACACUUUAUCAGUGAACGUGCCAUUAGGUUAUCAUCCAAUCAGUGAUUACAAGCAAAGUCUCAAAUCUCCUCCAUCUAUGCCAUCCAUUCAAAUACCCGUUCAUUCCUCGCCAACCAAACACAUCACUCCAUCCACUGUCCGCUCAUUACCACCGCGUCCGACAUCACCCACAAUACUGAGCCGUUCCCUAGCAUUGAAUGCAAAUAAGCCGCCGCUCAUCAAAACUAAGAACAUAUCGGGUUUUCUGACCCAAUCGGCUCCGGCCAGUGAAGGCCCAUCGCCUGUACAUAAUCUCAAUACCGAUGCAAUUAUCGAUAGUUUAGUACACAAAUCAUCCAAAUCUGAUGAAUCAAUCGACACCACAAUCGAAGUGAACUUUGAAGACCCGGAAGCGCUCAAGAGUCGCACCAAUCAGAAGAGGACGGGUAGAGGGGCUGAGCGCCGAUACCAUACGGCGGACUCUAUUGAACACAUGAAGAAAGAGAAGGACUCGUCGAUACACAAGAGGUUGUCGUGGAAUUACGGCCAACAGUCGGCCAACAAAUCAAUUCCCUCGCAUUGCGAACGCAUUUUAUGUAACAAACACUUCAAUAAAUGCUUGUCCGCGGAAUCGGUGUACAGUUCCAGUGGUUUCAGUAGCACUGGUUCUGUGCCGUUAAGUGUCGGCAGCUCUGAGUGCGAACAGUGCGGCGUCGAUAUACUCGACCACAUCCAGGAAAUGGACUCCUAUUCCGACUCAUCCACCGCAACGCCCAACCAUUUCGAUGACCAAACAUCACACCAAACCGAUUACGACCAAAGAGUCAACUCUAAUGUCAAAGAUAUCACCGAAUCUGACAUUAAGAUCGAUAUAAGCGAAGUGAAAGACGGCAUCUCUUCCGUUCAGAUCCGAGUCAGCGGAACACCCAUUCAGACGAAGCCAACAAAAGCUGAUCUCAAGAAAAUGAAGGAAUUCCUGCUCACAAACCAUACGGUCGAGUCUUCG